AUGCUCCCUCGAUCUCCUGAUAGCACGUCGACCAUGGACCAGCCCCUCAUGGGGCACAAGGAUCAGCGGGUCUCCCACGCCGCCUUCUCCGCAACCAUGGUUUGGGCGACAACAGAUAUCCAGCCAUAUCGCCCGUUUGAUCCAGCAAGCAUCCUUAUCUUAGACCGAUUAAAUCAAGUCUUGGCCAGGCUCGACGACAUAUCCGAACGGCCUCUCGCCACAACCCUCCGAGAAGCCGAUCCCCAAAUCCCUCCACACUGCAACCCCAGUCCAGUCUCAGCAGCUCCUCACCGCGCGUUAGAUGAUUAUGAUCAGCUCCAUAUCCCUUCCUCCUGCACGUCCCCUGACGCAGUCCUGCAGUGGCCUAUCUUUGAGGGCCGAUAUCCCCCAAACUACCUCAUUGACUCUACUUUUGCCUCUGAGGCGCGAGAUAGCGAUGUUGACACCGAAGAGCCCUUGGCAAACUCGUGGAAGUCGCCCCACACUGGGUCUACCGCUCGCCGCUGGCAAGAACAACGCCUAUACUGGAGCUGCUACAAGUCCGAGUGCGAGCUGCGAACCGAGAUGGAUAUCCCCGACAGCCUCCUUGCCGAUUUUCGGUACCCGGAUCUAUACCCAUCCCCGCCUAACGCGCCCGAGCACGAGGUUGCAGAUACUGGCCACAUAGCGGCAGACGUUUUCGCUGGACCAUGGAACCCACGGCGGCCGGAUACCAUCAAUCAUCAACACGAGAGGACGGCAGCAUGGACCAUCUCUGCGAUACCAACCAUGGUGAAGAUGGCGACAGAGUUUGAGAUGCACCUUAACACCUGGUUCGAACAACUUCCCGGACCGAUACAGUUUGAUUGGGAUAUCCGCCCGCGAGACGAGCUCGGGUACAUGGUCUACGGGCGCGCUCUUGAGAUCAGACUUGCGAUUUAUAGACCCUUCCUCUACCUUGCUAUCCAUGAACCCACCAACCACGCUUCUAUGGCCUCGAUUCUCCCUCUUGUUGAAAAGGCAAUUCUCGACAAUUUCCGCGGCCUCAGUUCCCUUCUUAUCCGUCACCGCCAUCACGGGACCUGGUACGGGAUCCGCGGACUUACUGCUGCCGCCAUAUGUAUCCUAGGCGCCGCUCUGUCCCAGCGGGUUCCGUUACCGUCCGAUUGGGAGCGCUCGGUUCGACAAGGCAUAAUAAGUCUUCAAUACUGGGAGCAUGAGUUGCCUGAAGUAGCACGGAUAGUUGCCGUUUUGGAGGAGUUAAUAGCCAGGGUACGACGGGCACUAGAAUUGACCUAUCUGCUUUACGACCGCCCCACAAUCCCCGCACGUCCAAAGGAUAUUUCAGCCCGUUAUGGCGAGGAGCUCUCCCGCGUGCUCCCCCAGGAUGGCAUCCCAUGGUAUAAGAAGAAGAAUCUUCUCUUCCUCAACUAUUGCGCCCUUUCCAUAGCUCUCCUGGCUGCCGCCAACGGCUUUGACGGCUCCAUGAUGAACGGGUUAAUGGCACUGCCGCAAUGGAACUCCUUUAUGGACCACCCUAAAGGUGCUUGGCUAGGUUUCAUCAACGCGAUCCAGGCACUUUCUAGCACUCUAGCCUACCCCCUUGUGGCAUAUAGCGCCAACCGUUGGGGUAGGAAACCAGGCCUUUAUGUCGGCUAUGUUUUCCUCGUCCUAGGCGCGCUCCUCCAAGCCCUGACCCCAAAUAUCCCCGGAUUUGUGGUUAGCCGCUUCUUCCUAGGUCAACCAAGCGCCUGGUGGGGAGGUCUAGCGCCGCUACUUAUCACAGAGCUGGCAUACCCCACCCAUCGAGCCUUCCUAACAGCCCUGUACAAUUGCGGCUGCCUUGCCCGCCGUUCUCCUGAUGCCCGAAUCACCGCGCUACCUUAUAUCCAAGGGAAGCGCCAACAAGCUCGCGACAUCAUGACCCGCUUACACGCUAAUGGCGACGAGUCCUCCCCACUGGUUGACUUCGAGAUGAGGAGAUCGAAGAGGCUAUUGCUGCGGAUGCCAAGAUCUCAUCGAGCACGUCAUGGGGGACCUGUUCAAUACAAGGGGAACCGCCAUAGAGCGCUCAUCUCCAUCACCCUAGGCGUAUUUGCCCAAUGGAACGGUGUUGGCGUCGUCUCAUACUAUCUUGCAUUAGUCCUUACAACCGUUGGCAUCACUUCGGUUACUGAUCAGACUCUGAUCAGCGGCUUCCUACAGAUUUGGAACUUAAUCCUUGCUGUAGGGGCAGCUGCAUGUGUCGAUAGACUUGGCCGCCGUCCUCUCUUUCUUACCAGUAGUGUCGGAAUGCUCAUCAGCUUCAUCUUAAUAUCAGGCCUUUCGGGCGGUUUCGCCACAUCCGGGUCGUCCAAGGUUGGCAUCGCCGUCGUACCUUUUCUUUACAUCUAUUAUGGAUUCUACGACAUUGCAUUCACUCCUCUUAUCGUGUCCUACCCCGCUGAAAUUUGGCCAUAUUUCCUCCGCGCUCGGGGAUCGCACUUGUCCAGCUCUCGACCUAUGCGGCCAUCUUCUUCAACAUUUUUGUGA